GUCAAAACAAAUCCUGCACACUGUGACAAUCAUCUACUGAGCUGAGAGAUGAUUCGCACCGCCGAGCAAACCAGUCAAGCUUUUCUUCUCUGAAGGAACUCUACUCAAACUCGUCUUAUCCAAGGCUGCGGGCGUGUUGUCAAACACCUGACAAGCAACCGGAAACAUCAGAGAAGGAUUGUGCACCUGGGAGGUUUGGCCACCAGCCAGCAGGACUAUGAAACUGGAAUUGAGCGACAUCAACCUAAAAGUGGGGGAUCAGCUGAAGAUAAAAGGAGAGAUUCCACACGAUGCUGAAAGAUUCCAGAUCGACCUGGGCUUGGAUGCCGAGGACCUGGCCCUGCACUUCAACCCUCGUUUCCAUGACGACACUGACGGAGCAGUCGUGGUGUGCAACUCCAAGACUGCGGGCUUCUGGGGGGAAGAGAGGCGGGAAUCACAGCACCCCCUGCAGAGAGGCAUGCAGGUCAAGAUGGUGUUGAAGAUGACUGGCCAGAUGUUUGAAGUGGAACUUCCCUACGGACACCACAUCCACUUUCCCAACAGGGUGGACUUGGAAGUCAUCAAGUACCUGAGCAUCACAGGAGACUUCAAAUUGACUUGCUUGAAGAUGUGCAUGUAGAAUAAGAAACUAGUAAACCUCAACAUUCACCAACACCAACAUUGCUUUUCUCCACGCUGCCAAGCUAAAGAAAUUAAAAAAAAUGCUGGAUUGUUGAAAAUGUUGUGGGGAAUCCAUAAAAAAUGCUUAAUAAAUAAUAGAGUGAUA